UGAAGACAUGGAGUGGAAGCUGGAGAGACUGACCUCCUCAAGGGUCAAGACAGAUGAGCACGAGAUGUGGGAAAGUGUUAUGAAGACUCUGGGAAGAGACUUCAGAUGGAGAGGGAGACCGAGUCUACAGAAGAUAGCCAAGACACCAGACAUACAGAAGACUUCAUAUUCAAGGUUCAAAAGAAGCAUCUUAAGAAGACGAGCAAGACAGGUUCCUGUAGCGAGUAGUCCGAUUUCCACUAGAUGGCAGCAUUGUCAACAUCAGGAGAAUGCCCAUAGUUCCUCUGAGCUGUCCCUCAGUUCAUCUGAUGAGUUCUGGAGAACACCAGAGAAGCUGGUAUUAUUGCCAUACCUAACUGAGGUAUCCAAUGUAAAUGUUCCUGAUUCGACAUGCAAACCACCCCAAUCCGAAGGCAGUGUUCCUCAGAGCAUCUCUAAGAAAUCCAUCAGAAGGUGUCUAAAUCAGAAAAAGAGAUUAUUUCUCCACCCUCAAAUAUUUCUUACCACUGUGGAAGAGCAUAAGAUUGGAACUUCUAAGCAAUGUAACACUACAAUGCAGAUAUGUGAGGAAGACUCAUGUACAUAUAGAGGCUGCCAACAAAGCAAGACAAAUGUCACACUUGAAAAAUCUUCCGAUGUUAACUUUUUGCAACCUGAUGUGAAACUCCAUUUAUCAGGGCUUCGGAAUGAUUACUAUCUUAACCUUUUGGAUUGGAAUUCAGAAAAUCUUGUUGCCCUAGGGCUUAAAUCAGCUGUGCAUAUCUGGAAUACGGAAAACAACAGCAUAGCUCAAACUAUUCAUUUACCUUCUCCAUCAACGUAUGUUUCAUCAGUAUCAUGGAUAAAUGCUGGGUCAUGUCUGGCAGUUGGCACAAGCAAUGGCGAAGUUCAGCUCUGGGACAUUGUAACACAGAAGAGACUCAGGAACAUGCUCGGACACAUGUCUGUGGUGGGAGCUUUAAGCUGGAAUCAGCAUAUUUUAAGCAGUGGCUCCAGGCUUGGUCAUAUACACCAUCAUGAUGUCCGCAUUGCAGAAAACUAUAUUGGAACUCUACGUCACAAGCAAGGCAUUUGUAGUCUAAAGUGGUCACCAUCGGAAAAGCACUUGGCCAGUGGAUCAAGCGAUGGGAUUCUCAAUAUCUGGCCUUAUGAUCCAGGGUCGUCAAACCUUUGCACACCAUUACAGUCCAUGGUGCACCCCACAGCUGUCAAGGCGAUAAACUGGUGUCCAUGGCUGUCAGACACUCUUGCCGUAGGAGGUGGAAUGAGCGACGGCCACAUACGUAUUUGGGAUACAAGUAAUGCAAGAAUUAUCAAAUCGACAAACACAAACUCACAGAUCUGCUCUAUCCUUUGGCUGCCAGAUACAAGAGAACUCAUCACAGGUCAUGGAGCUCCAAAAAACCAAAUGAGUAUUUGGCAAUACCCAUCUUUAGUGAAAAGGACUGAUGUUUAUGGGCACAGAGGAAGAGUCCUGCAUCUUGCCUCAAGUCCACAUCACAAGAAAAUCUUUUCAGCAGCAGCAAAUGAAACAUCUUUUAUAUGGAAAUACACAGCAACUAAAGAGCAAACUGAAACAUAACAGGACAUAACAACAUCUCUGGUGCCAGUUACAAUGUAUUUGGAUUAGGGAUGAGCUAAUCGAUUCGUUCAUCUGAACAAGUUCUCCGUCUGGGAGUGACUGUCCCUCUAAAGACGAUUCUGUACUGUGCCAGAAGAUUAAGAUGGCCGCACAUCACCGUUACUGCAUGCGUAAAUAAUGUGCCCCGAAAAUAUUUUUCUUCUGGUAGGCCAAGGAACCCCAAUCCGACCUUGCUUGGGUCCACCCCAGGAAAUAACUCUGAGGAUUCGAACCGAUCCGGCUACAUAACUAGGCCAAUGUUUACCUAGGAAGAAAUGGCACUGUGGGACUUGUAGAUGUAGUCCGGCCAAUACAGUGGUUAAAAAAUAGAACUAAGAAAGAACUGAAUAUGUAACAAAAAAAAAUUCUGAUAAUACAAAAAAGAAAAUGAAAAGGUGACAUGUUUACAGCAUGACUUCCCAUAGUCCUAACUUUUUUAUUUCUCCGUUCACAUAGCCUUAUGAGGGCUUAUGUUUUGCGGGACAAG